CUCAGCCCAGCCGAGCCCCCCGCCUGGCGCUGCGGCUUGGAGCGGGCGCGGCCCGGCGGGGUUCUUUGUUCGCCGGUCGAGCAGCCCCGGGGCAGCCAGCCAGCGCGGGCGGGAGCCGCGGGCGCCGGGGCAUGAACGGGCGGCGGGGCGUCCUGCCCGACUCCAAAGUCCUCCAGCAGCGCCCUCAGCAGUGAGCCUCGGGGUCGGCCGGCACCCAGCCCGCGGAGGCGGCGCGGCUCCUCCUCCUCCUCCUCCUCGCCCUCCUCCUCCAUGGCGGAGGCCCCCGGCCGCGGCGCCCGUCUCGGCCGAGGAUGGCGGUCCCCGUCCGCGUAGGGAGCCCCCCGCGCGCGGCCGCGCGGCCCCCGGGCACCAUGGAGGAGUGGCGGCAGUGCGGGCGCUGGCUGAUCGACUGUAAGGUCCUGCCUGCCAACCACCGCGUGGUCUGGCCCUCGGCCGCGGUCUUCGAGCUGGCGCAAGCCCUGCGGGACGGCGUGCUGCUCUGCCAGCUGCUGCACAACCUCUCGCCCGGCUCCGUCGACCUCAAGGACAUCAACUUCCGUCCGCAGAUGUCGCAGUUUCUCUGCCUGAAGAACAUCCGGACAUUCCUCAAAGUGUGUCAUGACAAGUUUGGCCUCCGGAACAGCGAGCUCUUCGACCCCUUCGACCUCUUUGACGUGCGGGACUUUGGAAAAGUCAUCUCAGCUGUGUCCAGACUUUCUCAUCACAGCAUUGCUCAGAACAAGGGCAUCAGGCCCUUCCCUUCAGAGGAGACCACAGAAAACGAGGAUGAUGUCUAUCGCAGUUUGGAGGAACUGGCAGAUGAGCAUGAUUUGGGAGAGGACAUUUACGAUUGCGUCCCGUGUGAAGAUGAAGGGGAUGACAUCUAUGAAGACAUCAUCAAAGUGGAAGUCCAGCAGCCCAUGAAAAUGGGCAUGACGGAAGAUGACAAGAGGAGCUGCUGCUUGUUGGAAAUUCAAGAGACAGAAGCCAAAUACCUCAAGACACUGGAAGAGGUCGAGAAGAACUACAUGAAUCCACUGAGGCUGAUCUUGGCUCCCCAAGACAUGGAAGCAAUAUUUAUCAACUUGGAGGACCUUAUUAAAGUGCACUUCAACUUUCUCAGAUCCAUCGAUGUCUCCAUGAUGUCUGGUGGAAGCAGCUUGGCCAAAGUGUUUCUUGAAUUCAAAGAAAGGCUGUUGAUCUACGGCGAGUACUGUAGCCGAAUGGAGCAUGCCCAGACUACCCUAAAUCAUCUCAUGGCCAACCGAGAGGAUGUUCGGCAAAAAAUCGAGGAAUGCACACUGAAGGUUCAGGAGGGGAAGUUCAAGCUCCAGGACCUGCUGGUGGUGCCGAUGCAGAGAGUCCUGAAGUACCACCUCCUGCUCAAAGAGCUGCUCAGCCACUCAUCCGACCGGCCAGAGAAGCAGCAGCUGAAGGAGGCCCUGGAGGCCAUGCAGGACUUGGCCAUGUUCAUCAAUGAAGUCAAACGGGACAAAGAGACACUGAAGAAAAUAAGUGAAUUUCAGAGCUCCAUAGAAAACCUGCCGGUGAAGCUGGAGGAAUAUGGGCGGCCAAAGAUUGACGGGGAACUGAAGGUCCGGUCCAUCGUCAACCACACGAAACAAGAUCGGUAUUUGUUUUUGUUUGAUAAAGUGGUGAUUGUCUGCAAGAGGAAAGGCUACAGCUAUGAGCAAAAGGACAUCAUUGAGCUGUUCUGCUACAAGAUGACCGAUGACCCCACCAACAAUAAGGACAUCAAGAAGUGGUCUUACGGCUUCUACCUCACUCACCUUCAAGGCAAGCAGGGCUUCCAAUUUUUCUGCAAGACGGAAGAGAUGAAACGGAAGUGGAUGGAGCAGUUUGAAAUGGCCAUGUCCAACAUUAAGCCAGAGAAAGCCACAGCAAACAACCACCAGUUCCAGAUGUACACCUUUGACAAGACCACCAACUGCAAAGCGUGCAAGAUGUUUUUAAGGGGGACCUUCUAUCAAGGCUAUCAGUGCUUGAAAUGCAAGGUGGGCGCCCACAAAGAAUGCUUGGAGGUCAUCCCGCCCUGCAAAAUCAGUUCUCCUGCAGAGCAGGAAUUACUGAAUCUAGGUCCUAAAAUGGUGGCCCUUCAGAAUUAUCACGGCAACCCGGCUCCGCCAGGGAAACCCGUAUUAACCUUCCAAACGGGCGAAGUGAUUGAGCUGCUCCGAGGGGAGCCGGACUCACAGUGGUGGGAGGGGAGGCUGAUCGUGUCCAAGAAAUCUGGCUAUUUCCCCAGCUCGUUGGUCAAGCCCUGCCCAGUGGAUGCUCGGCCUCCCAACAGCCGCCCCCCCUCGCGAGAGAUGGACUACUCCACCUACCCUUGGUUUGCAGGCAAUAUGGAGAGGCAGCAGACGGACAGCCUCCUGAAGCAGCAUGUCAGUGGGACCUACCUGAUCCGGGAGAGGCCAGCAGAAGCCGAGCGCUUUGCCAUCAGCAUCAAGUUUAAUGAUGAAGUCAAGCAUAUUAAAGUUGUUGAAAAAGAGAACUGGAUCCACAUCACAGAAGCAAAAAAAUUUGAAAGCCUCUUGGAACUGGUUGAAUACUACCAGGCCCAUUCACUGAAGGAGAGCUUCAAGCAGCUGGACACGACACUGAAGUAUCCGUACAAGUCUCGGGAACGCUCCAUCUCCAGAACCUUAGCUCGGUCACCAGCUGCCUGCGCUUCCUACAAUUUUUCCUUUCUCAGUCCUCAGGGCCACCACUUCACUUCUCAGAAUCCCUCCACUCCUUUUUGGUCAGUAUUCACCCCUCGGGCCAUUGGGACUGCAGUGGCCAGGUACAACUUUGCUGCACGGGACAUGCGGGAGCUCUCCUUGCAGGAAGGGGACGUGGUGAAGAUCUACAGCCGGAUUGGCGGGGACCAAGGAUGGUGGAAGGGAGAGGCCAACGGCAGAAUCGGUUGGUUCCCUUCAACCUAUGUGGAGGAGGAGGGCAUACAGUGACGUCCGGAUUGGCAGGUGCUAAGCAUCCCUUGCGCAGCCCGGCCUGUUUCUGGGCCUCCAUGACUGUUCUUCCAGCGCAAAGAAGAGCGCCUCACGUGGGCCCAUUUUACAAUCUGUGGGUGUGAGUGCAUGAGUGGCCACAGACAGUGGCGGGGCUUGGUGCAUGUGUGUGCGUGGGCAAGGCGCAGCUGUUUCUCUCCAACUGUCUGCCUUGCACAUAAGACCCAAAUGUCGGAUGUCAAGCAAUGCUUGCAGAAAGCCAUGAAGCCUCUGGGGAAGGACAGACUGGUCGGCCUGGCCAGCAAGUGGCUACGCUACAAAGCCCUCUGAGGAGUGGAAGAUGGGCUUGGUGGUGUCUCAUGCUUGGGUGGGAUACUGGAGAAGAGAUGCUUCUUCGGAGGUCCGGGAGGAGCAAGGGGACAUUUGAAGGGGUGUCCUGAGCUUAGGAAUUUUACCAGGGGAUUUCUGCAAGUCCCAAUGUCCUUCUCCUCAUGGCCAUGGGCUGUGGACCAGCUGAAACUACGAUAAAUGUGAGUGGACCCCUUUGCCGUCCAGAGGAAAGAGCUCAUUUGGGGACCCAGGGCCACCAGCUGUCACCCCACCCCCCCAGCUGCUGAGUAUCCUCAGGCCUUCUGCGGUCGUUCUUGAACCUUUCCUGAAUCCAGGGCUGCAGAGCAAACGUCCCUAACUCUGGCUGGAGGGAAGAAAGUGCAAGUUUAUGCAACGGUGGCGGUGGCGGACUGCACCCGUGGGACGCGGGGCCGCCUUCUCAUCCUUUGUGUGGGUCCCUCCUUCACCAGUGCCCAGGAACCUGUUUGAGGAGACAGCCCCGAGGUGGUUGGCAGAAGGACCCAGUGGCAUCAGGAGCCUCUGCCGGUUGCACCCCCUGAAAUUGGUUGGCCUUUUCAGGUGCCUGGCAGUUACUGGCUGUGCUGACGCCUUCUGCACUCGCGAGGGAGCCUUUAGUUGCAUGGUUGCGUGUUCUGCUGGCAAAAUGGUUUCCAUGCCCCCAGCGGCCCUCAGUGCCAGGGCACCUGUCAGAGAGGACUAGCAUUAGGCAGAACAGAGGUGCACGGAGCUCCUGCGGAAAUCCCCCUGGCAUCCAGCUUCCCUCAAAACUCCUGGGAGACUGCGGUGAAGAAGGAAUCCCACUGUCUCUCUGCAUUUCAGGUUCUCGGGGUGUCCACUUGGCCACACCAAGGCUAAUGCCUUCCUUUCCAGACACCUGCAGGAAGCCCUGCUCGGGACCGAGACGCAGCAAUGGCCGCUUUCCCACCGGUUCCAGAAGCUCUCCUGCAAGAGGCUUCAGUCUCCAGCCUUCCUGAAAGGAAAGGGCUGCUUGCUGGGGCAGGAGCUUGACCCCUUCCAGGGAGCAGAGGUCAAGCUCAUAUGCAAGCUGCCCACGGCCGUCUGUUGCCCAAUCCUGGCCCCCGAGAUUGGCGCAAAAGCCCCUCUGCCCUGCUCUCGGCUGAUCUGCACCUCCACUCUUUGCCCUGUUUUACAGAGAUACUCCCCUGAAAUCAGCAUUAUCCCCUUGAGCUCUUCCAGGGCUGCUUCUGUCUUUUUACUUAUCACAGAAAGCCUGGCCCUUUUGGAGGAAGAGAAAAUGAUAAUUUAAUAUUCCCUGAUAGGGAAGCCCCUCCAGAGAUGGGAUGGGCCAUAGACUGGAGAGCAGGGGAAAGCCCAGGUGCAAGAGAGAGAGAGAGAGAGAGACCCCCUUGGUUGAUCUCAGAAAGACUGAUCAGUACCUGGAUGGGAGACUGCCUGGGACCUCUGUAGAACUCUUUGGAUCUCCAGAUGAACCUCUCACACACUGAGGGAGCCCAAGUGCCAAGCCUUCCCCCCACUUAGAUUGAGGCUGCUGGGGGGGUAGGUAGGAGAGAGGAAAGAGGAGUCACUAUAUCGGGGCUGUGAAAAUCCCAGGGACCCCUAGAUGGCGGGAAAGAAGGGUUUUUUCGUACCAUUUCUUUGCUGCUCUCCAGAAGAUGUCUGGAGUUCUGCAGUCUGGAAACAACUGUAAUGGAAUGCUCUGAGCCUGGGAAUGAGAGUGGGCAUUUGCAAAAACACAUUGCCGAACAAGCACAGAUGGAUAUGCAGCUCAUAUCCCCUAAACUGGUAGCCAGUUCCCCCUUAAAUCAAGACAGAAUUAGAAAGAGGGGCAAAGGCAUCGAGGGGGACCCACCUAACACACCCACUGAUAAAAAGGGGGGGUACAGUACAUGCACACCCAAGAUUCUGUAAGCUCACCCCUUUUCCGUCUUGGAAGAAAGAAAGCCUCUUCCAUGCUGUGGCCAAGGUGUGCUUGGGUGGAGGCCGCCAGGAGCAGUCCAGGGUUCAUGUUUAUGGCACCUGCUACCCAUCUGUUGCAUCUUUCCCCUCUGUCCGGAUCCCUCCAGAAUCUUUCCCCCCAGGGGAUGCAGCAAUGGAAGGUGCAGCUGGAUCAAGGGGAUACAAGGGGAUAGCGUGGAGGUGCAGAAGAUGUACAGAACGGAAGCCAUUUUUUCUUGCAAGCUUCCUUGGUGCAGUGUGUGCCUGGUUGCUCAUGGGGCAACCCUCAGGAGCACCCCCUUCCCUGACGGCCGGGGAAAGGCAUCCACCAGAGAGAAAUGGACAGAAUAAGGGUUCAUGUGCAAAAGGUGCUAAUGCAGCAGGGAAAAAACACGGACUGAUUACGACUGGAUCACAACUCCUGCAUUUUCUGUAAAACAGGCUAGGGAUGAGCCGGCAUGGUAGAGUAGCGAGUUGGGCCAGGACCGGGAGGCCAAGGUUGAAAUCCGGUUCACUGAGGAAGUUCUGGUAGACGAGGCUGGUCACUUGCAUGCACACUGCUGUUGUGGAGAAGAACGGGCGCUGUGCACGGCGCCUGGAGGAAAGGCCAGUCUCGGCUGCGCCAACCACUCACCUGAGUGCAGGUAGAGCUCAGACCUUGCUGAACCGCGUGAAAGUUUGGAAAAUGAGGUUAGCCAAGAGGAAAACAGAAAAGAGGCAUUACUUCUCAAAAACAAGGGAUCACAGUGCAUUUUCCCAUAAGAUGUUCCUUCUGAAGAAAAUCAAAAUGUUUCUUGAUUGGGAGAAGGAAGACUUUUGUUCUUUGCUGGUGGAAUGUUUCUCUCUUCCCAAGAAGUGUUUGGUUUGCAUUUAAUUGCUGGCCCCAGCCACUCUCCUGUUUGUGAGUAAGAGGAUGAUUUUUUAUUAAGAGGGGUGAAAAUGUUGUACAUAUAUUUCGAUUUUGCAAAACCAUUUUUAAAAGAAAUGUAAUAAUGGAAAAAUAAUAUGAACCACAUUCUUUGAUGUAUUGGUUUCUUUUUUACUUUGAUUUCUUUUUUGCACUGCCCUAAAUUGGGGCCAGGAGGGAAUGGGUGAAAAUGUGGGGAAAUGAAGAUUAGCUUAUAUCGGAGAAAAAUAAAACAUCUUGCAAAUUGUUAUUGCAAAUUUAA